AGAUCUUGUCCGCUUCCGCGUUUUCCUUCCGUUGGGGAUCAACCUUCUGAGGGGUUGACGGGUGUUUAAUCGUUAGGGUGAUCCAGUGGAUCUCUUGCGUUCUCAAAUCCCUCAUACAAGUUCUUUUAUUUUCAAAAUGGCACUCUACGACCGGAACUUAACCCGUUUCCCGCAUCCAUCCCCUCACCUAUCUCUCCUUGCCAAGAACCCGUCUCUCCGUUUUCUCCCCGACACAGAUCUAUGGUGGCCUAGUUACAGUUUCCGGCAAGAGACGGGGUUGUUUAUUGGAGAGGACUUUUUUUAUGGGAGUGGCAAGUUCCAGGUACGGUAUUUUGUACCGAAAGGAUGCGUGUUGAUGAAGCCGGAUGAGACCGAGGAUGCCAAUAUGGAGAUCUUGGAGAUGAAUGUCAAAUUUUUGCCUGCGGAUUGGAAGCGCAAUGUGUUGGAUGCGUAUGUCGCGGCUGGACAUUUACGGUUUAUGGUCGGUUGCUUGCAUUUCACGGCGGAAGUGGAGGGUCCCCCUGCGUUCGUGCAUGGCGGAGCAACGUUCACGGCGUUUGAUCAACUGUUGGGCGUAUUGGUCCAUUACUACAAUCUGUACAUUCCGCACAUGACAUUGACGCUGACGAUCGAUUAUAAACGCCCAAUGCCGCUGUCUGGAACGCAGUACUACAAGAUAUGGAUUGAAAAAAUUGAGGGGAAAAAGGUGUUUGUUGAGGGAUAUAUAUUCGAUAUGGACCUGUUGGAGAAUGAGACAGAGUUGGAUGUUGCAACGGCGGAUUUUGAGAAAGUAAAUGUGCCCCCUGCUUUGCGUCGAGCUGAAAUUAGGGGGAUUUUCUUUCGGAUUGGAGAGUCGAAUGGGAAAGAUGGGUUGGCGUACUUGGAGGAGGAGAAAGGGCGAACCGCAAGGCCAAAAUUAUGAAAACAGACAACCUUUUCUCGGCGUAAGAUGCUUGCUGACUUAUGUAGAGCUUUUUUAGGAAACUUCUUAUUAGAUGAUAUUGAAGAAUAUACGAUAUGUCUAACUAAUGAGUAGGAAAUACUAAUAUCCUGUCCGGU